AUGGAAGCGGGUCGCGAAGAGGCGCGCGAUGAAUACGGCGACGACGCUGACGAGGGACAUGACGACCGCAUCGAGAAACUCAACGACACGGAGCAAACGGUGCGGAACAGGAUUGCGUAUCUGAAGGGUGAAUACACAUAUGAUCACGAGCAAGAACCGGAGUCUGAGCCAAAAGCGGGAUCUGAGGAUGAGCAAGAACAAGAGCCUGCGGUAGAGGAAUCUUCGGAUAUGGAACUUGAUUCGGAUAGUGAUUAG